AUGAAAGAGAAAAAUGAAGAGUACUGUUUUCUGGUUUUUGCCAAUGAAACCAUUUUCUCUUUCAUCUAUUCUCAGCACAUGAUGCCAAACUGGUCCACAGGAGGGGACAGGAACCUCACGUCUGUGACCAUGUUUGUUCUCCUGGGAAUCUCAGAAGAUAAAGAGCUGCAGCUUAGUCUCUUUCCAGUCUUCCUGCUGAUCUACCUGGUGACAUUAUUUUGGAACCUGGGUCUCAUCAUCCUAAUCAGGAUGGACUCCCACCUGCACACACCAAUGUACCUUUUCCUUGGUGUCCUGUCGUUUAUAGACGUCUGUUACUCUUCUUCCAUCAGCCCAAGGAGGAUUUCAGACUUCUUCAAAGAUAAAAAAGCCAUUUCCUUCAUUGCCUGUGCCAGUCAGUGUUUUGUAGCUUCCUGGAUGGGUCAGGCUGAGAGCUGCCUCUUGGCUGCCAUGGCCUCUGACAGAUAUGUGGCCAUUGGCAAACCUCUCCAGUACUCAUCCAUCAUGGAGCCUGGGCUCUGUUGGAAGAUGAUUGCUGGGGCUCUUGGGUGUGGUUUACUUUGUAGCUUAGUUGAAGUAGUCACUGGCUUUGAGUUAUACUAUUGUGGGCCAAGUGUCAUCCAGAAUUUCUUCUGUUCUCUGGUUAUUAUUUUGUUAUCCUAUGGUUUCAUUGCAGCUUCCAUCUUGAAAAUAUCCUCCGUCAAAGGUAGUGCCAAGGCCUUCAACACCUGUGCCUCCCACCUGGUGGUUGUUACUCUCUUGUAUGGCACAGCCCUCACUGAGUACAUGCAUCCUAGUUCUGGCCACUCCAAGAAACAGAACAAGUUUCUUUCCGUUUUCUAUGUUAUCAUCCCCAUGUUAAAUCCUUUUAUCUAUAGUCUGAGGAACAAGGAUAUCAAAGAAGCCCUCAGGAGGGUGAUAAAGAGUGUUACACUUACACCUCAGUAA